UCGAGCAAGACAAGCCAAUAAACACACCAACGCGCGAUAACAGCGCGAUAAGACCGCGAACACGAGCCGCGGCGAUAAACCCGGGGGCAGCCGGGGGUCGCGGCCGCCAUCUUGUUGCGCCCGAUACACCUCUUUUUCGCGCCGUCGGAGACAUGCCGAUGAGACAUGUGGCAAGCAUGCAUGCAUUCGGUUUCGAUCAUGAAAUGAUCAGUUGCGGCUUUGACUCUGACUCUGAAACGCUGUCAGUUCCAACUCAAAGUGCGGUAAACACAAACAGUAGACAUUUUGAAAAUUCACAACACGCGCACAACUCGUAUAAAUUCAGCUACUUUGAAGUGUAAUUUCGGUUAAGUUAACAAAGUUGCACGUUUAAUUGAAUUUUAACUUGGGGUGAGGUGUGCGUAAAGCUUGCGGUGAAGUUUCGAAUGCUUUUGGAUGUCUUCGGAUCAAGCGGAAGAGGUGAAAACGACCAGCAACUGGAUUAAGACGGAAAAACUUGCACUCGCCGAAAGUUUCAACCAGCACGUCAACAGGAAAACUAAAGGUGCAGACAUCCAAUAAACUUAAAUCUCGAAUUCAAGACUGCGUGAAAGUUUUUUCAGAAAGUUUACUCAGUGAUUACGUGAUAGCUAAAGCUUGAUCAAACGAAAACAUCAACUUUUAAACUUUCAGUUUGUGUGAUAUUAACGCAUAACUCUUAAGUGUUGUUUAGUGAAUCAUGUUUCGAGCAAUAACAAUCACCGAGAAAUAAAAAGAUCUACUAAACAAUCGACAAUGAAAUUCCUCACAUAAUACCUCAACGAUCUACUCUUAUAACCAUUAACAAACAAAAUGGCCACGAUAAAAACCAACGAAGAUGUUGAAGAUCAUCGUAAUUUACUUGACUGGUCACCAGUGCCACCUGGCGAAGACCUAUUCAACGGCACGUUGCAUCAACUACCCAUUGACAUGCGCUUCAACGACGGUCAUAUGCUUUCCAUCGUUGUCUACAGUGUUCUUAUGGUCUUCUCUGCCAUUGGUAAUCUCACUGUGCUAGUGCUUAUUCUUCGCCGAAGACGCAAAACACCAUCACGUAUCAACACAACAUUGAUGCAUUUGGCCAUUGCAGAUUUACUAGUGACAUUCCUGAUGAUGCCAUUGGAGAUUGGAUGGGCAUACACGGUGUCCUGGAAAGCUGGUGAUGCCAUGUGUAGGAUUAUGGCGUUUUUUCGGACGUUCGGCUUAUACCUGUCCAGCUUUAUUCUAGUCUGCAUCAGCAUGGAUAGAUAUUACGCAGUGCUAAAACCACUGCACUUGACCGAGUUGGACAAGCGGGGCAAAUUUAUGCUGUCGGCGGCUUGGAUGGGCGCCACUAUUUGCAGUGUGCCACAAAUGUUGGUAUUUCACGUGGAAGCUCACCCAAACAUCACGUGGUAUGAACAGUGCAUAACCUAUAAUGUAUUGCCGUCGUACACACACGAAGUGCUCUACUCUGUCUUCGGCAUGGUGAUGAUGUACACAUUCCCAUUGGUAGUGAUCAUAUUCAGCUACGCGUCCAUUUUGAUCGAAAUCUACAAAAGGACGCGCACAAAUAUGGGAGCUGACAGAAUACGUAGAUCGAGUCUGGGUUUUCUCGGUCGUGCCAAAAUUCGCACGCUGAAGAUGACCAUUAUCAUUGUGUUGGUGUUCUUUGUGUGUUGGACGCCAUAUUAUGUGAUGAUGCUGUGGUAUUGGUACGAUCGAGACACGGCGAUGCACGUAGAUCAACGCAUUCAGCGCGGAUUGUUCCUCUUCGCGUGUACCAAUUCGUGCAUGAAUCCGAUCGUCUACGGGGCAUUCAACAUACGCGCGCGACGCGCCGGCACGCAGGUGAGGCCGCGCUUGCACACGGUUAAUUCCAGACAGAGCGGCAUGCUCGUCGCCACCGUCGGCCCUAACACAUUCACCACCCUCAACAACAAUCACCGCCAUCAGACGAACAACGAUGCUGAGCGACGACUGCCUACGCUGGAGAUAUCGCUCAAGAACCUAGAAUAACACGACAUAACCUACUAUAGGCAUCCAAUGAAUCAAACUGGUGGCGAUAUUGCGAACUAUUUUAUCCUACUAGACAUAUAACCACCGUUCUUCUACAUAACCUUUAAUUAAUUUUAAUUUUAUAGAUUAGACGCGUUAGUUACAAUAAUUAAAUAAAUUGUUUUUUAUUUUAACAAA